GAGCGGGCAGGGGGCUGGGCUCUAUGGGGCGGGCCGGGCCGCCCACGCUGAGCGCUCUCUGCCCCUAGGUCUGGCUGCCGCAGGAGGCCCCGCCACGGCGGGCGGCGGAAAGUUUUGCAGCCGACGGACGGAGCCGGAGCCGGAGCCGCCCGCUGCUGGCUGCGCUGCGCUGCCCGGGAGCGGAGCCCGCCCGCCCGGCCAUGGGGCUCGGCCUCUCGCUCUCCCUGCUGGCCCCGGCGCUCUGGGCCCUGCUGCUGCUCUCGGCCUCCGAGGAGACGGUGCCGCGGGUCAGCCUGCACUACGGCUCCUCCGAGAGACCCGUUUGGUGGUUUGAGAAGGACGGAGUCACCAACUACACAACCCUGCUGCUGAGCCCGGACGGGGCAACCUUAUAUGUGGGGGCGCGCGAGUUCCUCUUCGCCCUCGACACCAGCCACUUCCAGCCUGGCCCGCAGCACCAGCUCCUGCCCUGGAGCGCGGACAAGGAGAGGAAGAAGCAGUGUGCGUUCAAGGGCAAAGACCCCCAGAGGGACUGUCACAACUACAUCAAGAUCCUGCUGCAGCUGAACAGCACCCACCUAUACGCCUGCGGGACCGGCGCCUUCAGCCCCGUGUGCACCUACCUCAACGUGCAGAACUUCAGCCAGGCGAGGGAGCUGCUGGAGGAUGGGAAAGGCCGCUGCCCCUUCGACCCUGAAUACAAAUCCACGGCCAUCAUGGUCGAUGGUGAGCUCUACGCUGGGACCGUCAGCGACUUCCAGGGCAAGGAGCCGACCAUCUACCGGAGCCAGGAGAGCCGCAUCUCCCUCAAGACCGAGAACUCCCUCCACUGGCUGCAUGACCCAGCCUUCGUAGGCUCAGCCUACCUGCGGGAGAGCCUGCCGCCUGGCAACUCUGAGGGGGACGAUGACAAGGUGUACUUCUUCUUCAGCGAGACUGGCAAGGAGUUUGACUUCUUCGAGAACACCAUCGUGUCGCGGAUUGCCCGCGUGUGCAAGGGGGACCUGGGCGGGGAGCGGGUGCUGCAGCGGAGGUGGACCACAUUCCUCAAGGCCCAGCUCCUGUGCUCGCGGCCCGACGACGGGUUCCCCUUCAACGUGCUGCAGGACAUGUUCGUGCUCACGCCGGAUGAGCAGCGCUGGAGGGACACGGUCUUCUAUGGCGUCUUCACCUCCCAGUGGAACAAAGGGGGCCCGGGCAGCUCGGCCGUAUGUGCCUUUGCCAUGCGCGACGUGCAGAAGGCCUUCGGUGGGCUCUACAAGGAGGUGAACCGCGAGACGCAGCAGUGGUACACGGACACCAGCCGUCCGCCAGAGCCCCGGCCCGGAGCGUGCAUCACCAGCCGCACGCGGCACAUGAAAAUCAACUCGUCUCUCCAGAUGCCGGACCGCGUGCUGAAUUUCAUCAAGGACCAUUUCCUGAUGGACGGCGCCAUCCGCAGCCAGCCGCUCCUGCUGCAGGGCCGUGUGCACUACCAGCAGAUCUGCGUGCAGCGCGUGAGGGGCCUGCACCACACCUACGACGUCCUCUUCCUGGGCACAGACGACGGGCGACUGCACAAGGCCGUGAGCGUGAACCAGAAAGUGCACAUCAUCGAGGAGAUCCGCCUUUUCCACGCCGGCCACCCCGUCCACAAGCUGCUGCUGGACCAGAGCCAGGGCCUGCUUUACGCUGCCUCUUACUCCGCUGUGGCCCAGGUGCCCGUCUCCAACUGCAGCCUGUACAGGAGCUGUGGGGAAUGCGUCCUGUCCCGGGACCCCUACUGCGCCUGGAGCGGGGACGCCUGCCGCAGCGUCGCCCAGUACCACCUGCAGCUGUCGCUGCACCCCCGACCCUGGGCCCAGGAUAUCGAAGACGCUGACACAGAGAGGCUCUGCCAAGCAGCCAACGUGUCCCUGCCCAUCCCCCCCCUUCUCCAAUCCCCAGUUUCAGAUCAGCUGGAGAUGCUGCCUGCAGGGAACCCCUGAGCAGGUGCUGCUACUCCUCUACCAUGGCAGCAUCCCUGGGUGCCAGCCAAGUCCUCCAUGAAACAUUGGGGUUGCCCUCCCAGGAGCAGCCAGAGCGCCGUGCAGUGUCCUGCGGGGAGGACUUUGUUUAUGGUGAAGAGAAUUUUGUUCUGUGUGGGGUUGGGUGGUGGAGAAGCAGGUCAGAGGGGCCAGCAAGCCACACCAUGUCUCGUUUUGACAGAGCUUUGCAGUCCAGCUGGGAGGAAAAGAUGAAGCUGGGUUUGUUCAGGUACCACCUGGGGGAGCUGCAGACCCGUAUCUUGCCUGGGAAUGUCCGGUUUGUGGCCCAGCUGAACAUCCAGAGAGGUCUGGAGAGGAGGAGGCCACAGGACAUCCAGAGUGUCAGGCAGAAAUUCGACCCCCAGCAAUUCCACUUCAAUAAGAUCAAACCAGGGGAAAUCCUCUUCCAUAUGGUCAGGGGCCCUACUCCCCACCGUCCCAGCAGGGGGUGCUCUCAGUUCCAAGGGGGCCCGCCAGACUCCAAACUCCCAGGGACACCUGACUGCAUCCUAGUGGUGAUUAAUGUCAGCCCCUUGGAGUUUGGACAUGUGCUCUUUAUUCCAGACCCCGCUCUCUGCCUGCCUCAGAUUCUCACCCAGGAGCUGCUCCAGUUUGGGCUGGAGUCGGUUCUUCUCAGUGCCCACCCAGGCUUCCGUGUUGGGUUUAACAGCCUCGGAGCCUUUGCCUCGGUCAACCACUUGCACCUACAUGGAUUUUACCUGGAUUGGGAGCUCCUGAUUGAGACGGCCCCAGGCGAACUCCUGUGCCCCACACUCAACUUCCACUUUCUGCGGGGAGUCCCAGCCCCAGGGUUCCUGUUCUACAGUGAAGGGGAGGGCCUGGAGGCCUUGGCACACAACGUCUGCCGAGUCACUGACUACCUGGUGGAUAAAGAGAUUGCACACAACGUGUUUGUGACCCGGGGAACUGCUCCUGGGGAGCCAACCCACUCAGAGACCCGCUCUGGAAUCCGGGUGCUCAUCUGGGCCAGGAGGUCCUGCUUUGGGACCAAAGAGGAAGCUGCAUUUAAUGUGGCACUUUGUGAGCUGGCUGGGCACUUGCCCAUCAAAACUGCCCAAGACUUCCAGAGCCUUACAGAGACAGCAGCCAUUCACAUCAUCCAGAGAUACCUCCUUCCUGAGCCACAGCUGUCACAGCUCCGAGGCCAGUUGGUGACACUUCUCACAGAGUAACCACACGGGCUCUGCAUUGCACAUGGCAUCGCACUUUUCAAGUCUCACUCUUGCGUAUUUUGUAACUGCUGUAGAAUCAUUCAUUGGGGCAGUCGGGGAGCAGGGAGUGACUCUGGAUUUGCCUCCAGGAUCCAACGUGGAGGCAACCUUGCUGUUUGAACCACUGCCCCUCUCCCUGCGGGCACUGCAGACUGGAUCCUCUGGGACGCUGACUGGCCUGUUGUACCAUCAUUGGCAAGAAAGGAAGAAAGAUCUCUAUAGCGGACUUUGUCCUUAACCUCACUUGCCCCAUGUGAGUUUAGGUGGGGCUCUGCGGUGUGCUGGGAGUGGGAGAUAAAGCGGGGGGGUGACCCCCAAGUUCCUUAUCUAGUUAAUGAUUGAACUGUGGGCUUGUUUCUGGAGAAUACAGCCAAUAAACCCCCACCUUUGGAAAUACCGCAGCA